GCGCGUGUCUUUGGCGCGGGCUUCCAUGGUCUCGGCGGCCAGCGAUCGGCUUUGAGGAGCAGGAACUGCGGGCAGCAAAAGAGGCGUGAUCAGGGGUUCUUAUUGGUGUGGGCCACACCCUCUCAUUUGUCACCAGACCCCGCCUUCAGCAGUCAGGGACUCCAGCCUCACCCUGAAUUCAUUCAUUCUGCAACUAGUGAGUGCGUGGGACGAGAGGGUGAAUCAGACCCUUCCUGACCUCGGGGAGUUCAGGGCACGGUGGGGAAAUAUGGAUCUAGCCUCCAGCCAUGACAGCCUAGGGCUGUCAAGAAGCCAUCAAGACCCUGGGACCCUUUACACAUCGGGAAGGCUUCCCAGAGAAAGUGAGGCCUAAACCGGGCCCUGAAAAAAAUGGUUAAGAGGUUGCUCCAGGGACACAUUGGCAAAAGAAUUCUUGGCAGAAGAACCUGAGACGUGAAAGAAACAGGUGAAUUCUGGUAAUUACGUGGAGACUAUUGGAUAAGCCUGGUAGAAGGAAUGCAUACUUCUGGAGGGUGGAGAGUUUCUUGAGUUCCUGGCAGCAGACUCUGGACUCAACACGGAUAACAUGGGACAGGGGGCUUCCUCCUCUGACCACAUCCCCUCAUGCUGGUUUCUGCAUGCCGUUCUGUGUCCCUAGAGGUCAACAGUCUGGGAAGUUGGCACGACAGAGCUGGAUGUGACCCUCAGGAGAGAAUGGUGCUGGACUCGGGGACACAGGUGUAUGAGCAGGCACCCCCCAGGCCCCCUGCCGGUUCCCCAUCUCAGCACCAUAAGCUGAAGCCCUCAAACGGAAAUGGGCCACCCCUGUACCCCUGGCCUGAGUCCCUGGGGAUGCCCUUGGCUCUGGCAGUCCCUUCAGCACUGCAGCAGCAGACUAUGUGGCAGACCUUCUCAAAGCUGCACUUGGAGCAGAGUAGCCACAUGCGUCGCAGCGAGAGCACCUACAGUGUAAAUAGUACUGGCCGGCGGGGGCGUGGUAAAGCCCCGAUUGGACGGGGAUGCGAUCCAGGAGGGACCCUACGGCCUGCAGCCUCCUUACCUCACAUUGCUAAGAUUCGAAAGGAUGUAGGCAGUAGUAGCAGCAAGAGCCCCUGUAUGUUGGUGGCCCUGCGGCCAACUAACAUGGACCAGGAACGGGAAAAGUUCUUCCAGUCUCAUUAUACCUACAAUCCACAGUUCGAGUAUCAGGAACCGAUGCCAAUGAGUGUGCUGGAGAAGUACCAGGAGGCCUCUGCGCAAUUCAUGAAUCAGGCAGUUGGCAUCAUUGAGGCUGUCCUGGAGAAGUUUGGCACUUAUGAAAACUUUGAGGCUGCCACAGGGGGCCAGCUGCUGACCAAGUGCCAAAUUUGGUCCACCGUGCGCAAAUACAUGCAGAAGGAAGGCUGUGUUGGGGAGAUUGUGGUACAGCUGAGUGAAGAUCUACUGUCCCAGGCUGUGAUGAUGGUGGAGAACAGCCGACCCACACUGGCCAUCAACUUGACUGGAGCCCGCCAGUACUGGUUGGAGGGCAUGCUGCGGCACGAGAUAGGCACCCACUACCUGCGUGGUGUGAAUAAUUCGCGGCAACCGUGGCACAGCACUGAAGGCAGAUUGCAGUACGGCCUUCAGCCAGCCAACCCUACUGAGGAGGGCCUGGCUAGCCUGCAUAGUGUGCUGUUUCGAAAGCAACCAUUCCUGUGGCGCGCCGCCCUGCUCUACUACACCAUCCACCAGGCGGCGCACAUGUCCUUCCGCCAGCUCUUCCAGGAUCUGGCGCAGUACGUGCAGGACGAGGGUGUACGCUGGGAGUACUGCGUCCGUGCCAAGCGAGGACAGACGGAUACCUCCCAGCCAGGCUGCUUCAGCAAGGACCAGGUGUACCUGGAUGGCAUUUUGCGCAUCCUACGGCACCGGCACACCAUUGAUUUCCAGCUGCUGACCUCGCUGGGCAAGGUCUCCUAUGAAGACGUGGAACAACUGCGGCCCUACGGGGUGCUAGACAAUACCAGAGUGCCCCACUUCAUGAAGGACUUGGAACGUUACCGGCAGCAGCUGGAACACAUCAUGACCACCAACCGGCUGGAUGAAGCGGAGCUGGGCCGCCUGCUGCCUGACUGAUGUUGACUAAGGGUUAUAGACAGACGCUCUUGACAGAGGUCACAGAUCGGAAUAUGAAGUUCUUUAUGGUUCCAUAGCCUAGGUGUUUCUUGGGGGCAUUUGGGAGGCCAGGAGCAUCGUGGGCAGAUGAGAAGCAACGUUAGAAGGUUUUUGUCCUUGCUACCCUUCCUGGGGCCUGUGAACUGCAGCAGCAUGUCACAUAAACUCCUGAGCAGGGGAGAUGGGAGGGCGAUGAGAUGGGAGCUGAGUGUGAAUAGAAAUGUGGGUUGGUUUGGGAAUAGAAACUUGUUCCUGCAUGAGAUGGCUUUGGGUGUCUGGUACCACUCCUUCCCUUCCCCCUACCUGGCCGAUUGGUGCUCCUUCUACACUCAUACCUCUACCUCUCACUGGGGCCAGCAGGAGUUGGGAACCCCUCUGAGGUGAUUUGCCUGAGCAUGGGGUUCCGGCUGUCACUCAGGCUCAGAGACCCAGCUGGGCUGGGCUUUGCCUUUCAGCAUUCUGUCUGUCUCACUGGUCAUGCAUUGUUCCAUAGUCGCCCUCAUGGGGUCAUUUCAUGCCUCCAGGCGGGGCCCGGAAGUAGUAGUAGUAGUAGUAGUAGUAGUAGUAGUAGUAGUAGUAGUAGUUCCAUGUAGGGGCAGGAUCCUUUGGAAAAGUACCGUAUGUUCCUAGACCCCUUCCUUCCUUCCUUCCUUCCUUCCUUCUUUCCUUCCUUCCUUCCUUCCUUCCUUCCUUCCUUCCUUCCUUCCCUCUCCCUCUCUCCCUCUUCCUUCCUUCCUUCCUCCCUCUCUCCCUCUUCCUUCCUUCCUUCCUUCCUUCCUUCCUUCCUUCCUUCCUCCCUCCCUCCCUCUCCCUCUCUCUCUCUCUCUUCCUUCCUUCCUUCCUUCCUUCCUUCCUUCCUUCCUUCUUUUCUUUCAAAGACUUAUUUAUUUUAUGUAUACGAGUACACUGUAGCUGUCUUCAGACACACUAGAAGAGGGCAUCAGAUUCCAUUACAGAUGGUUGUGAGCCGCCAUGUGGUUGCUGGGAGUAGAACUCAGGACCUCUGGGAAAGCAGUCAGUGCUCUUAACCACUGAGCCAUCUCUCCAGCCCCCUAGACCCCCUUUCUUAUCACUCACACAGACACACUGUGUCUUGUGUCUUGUGAGUCCAGCACCUGGUCCCACCCUCAGUCCCCAUGUUAGUCUUGGUUGUGCCUGUCUUUAACCACAGCCUCACAGCUGGUCUCUGGCAGUGGUUAGGACAGGCGGGAGCAACCACAAUCAAACCUACAGGGCAGGCCCUAGGGUUUGUUAUCCCACGUUCAGGCCAGGAUUAGUACAGAGCUGGUUAAGGCUUUCAUUUCACUUCAGAUUCAGCGGUGGGAGAGUGAGCUAGUACUGUCCUAACCCUGGCUUUUCAGUUAAUGUUUCCAUCUGUGAAGCUUGGAAACACAGCUGGGAAGUUUGUAUUCAUUUACUUAGUAGAUAUGUGCAGAGCUCCUUGUGUAUGUCUGUGACUGGUUAGACCCCACGCCCCUCACUGAGCUCCCAGUUCAGAGGAAAGCCAGACAAUUAAACAGCAGUUACAAUGA